UGCAAGGAGCCAAAUAUUUCCUGAACCGAGAGACUGGAAGUGGCCAGGACCGGGCUGCGGCGUCUGCGGCGGGGCUGGGGGACAGCCGGCCCCUACGGAAACGCAGGGCAGAAGUUUGGAGGUGAGCGUCGGAGGCCCACCCGUGGCUUUUACGCAGGAUUGGGUCUUCAUUUCUCCUGGGGCAGACUGGGGCGACCGCCCUGUCAGCUUUAUGGGACCAGCUGAGCGACUGUGCCCUUAAGAUCGCCGGAGUUCGCAGCACCUGUGCAGGGCUCAGGAGCGGCCGUGGUCAUGGUGAAUGAAGAUUCCAACCUGGAGGAGCGCGAUGGCACCCCCGAGGAGUUCCCGCUCCGGGCGGACCCCAGCAUCCCCGCCGACCCCAGCGUCCCCGCCGACCCCAGCGUCUCGGCCCAUCCCAGCGUCUCGGUCCAUCCCAGCGUCUCCUUCCACCCCAGCGUCUCUGCGAACCCCAGCAGUUCAGCCCUCCCCAGUACCGUGGUCCAAACCGGUGACUUGGCCCAACCCAGUAGUAGUAGUAGCAGCACGAGCCCAGAGGACCUCAGUGUGAUCAAGGUGAGCAAGCGCCGUUGGCUUGUGGUGCUGGUGUUUAGCAGUUACUCCAUGUGCAACGCCUUCCAGUGGAUCCAGUAUGGCUCAAUCAAUAACAUCUUCAUGAAAUUUUACGGGGUCAAUGCCUUUGCCAUCGACUGGCUGUCCAUGUGCUACAUGCUGACCUACAUCCCUCUACUACUGCCAGUGGCCUGGCUGCUGGAAAAAUUCGGCCUGCGCACCAUCGCCCUCACCGGCUCUGCUCUCAACUGCUUGGGGGCCUGGGUGAAGUUAGGGAGCCUGAAGCCACAUCUCUUUCCAGUCACAGUGCUGGGCCAGGUCAUCUGCUCUGUGGCCCAGGUCUUCAUCCUGGGCAUGCCCUCCCGCAUCGCUUCAGUCUGGUUUGGGGCUGAUGAAGUUUCAACGGCCUGCGCCAUAGCUGUCUUUGGCAAUCAGCUUGGAAUUGCGAUUGGGUUCUUGGUCCCUCCCGUUUUGGUACCCAACAUCGAAGACAAGGAUAAGCUUGCCUACCACAUCAGCAUCAUGUUCUACAUAAUAGGAGGUAUUGCCACUCUGCUGUUCAUCCUUGUCAUCUUUGUAUUCAAGGAGAAGCCUAAAUAUGCCCCCAGCAGGGCCCAGUCCCUGAGCUAUUCCUUAGCACAGAGCGUACCUGAUACUUCGUACUUAAAUGUCAUCGUCCGGCUCUUCAAAAACCUCAACUUUGUGCUGCUUGUCAUCACCUACGGUCUGAAUGCUGGGGCUUUUUAUGCCUUGUCGACCCUGCUGAAUCGCAUGGUGAUCUUGCACUAUCCGGGGGAAGAAUUGAAUGCUGGAAGAAUCGGCCUGACCAUUGUCAUUGCAGGCAUGCUUGGGGCUAUGAUCUCAGGCAUCUGGCUAGACAAGUCUAAAACCUACAAGGAGACAACCCUGGUGGUCUAUAUCAUGACUGUGGUGGGCAUGGUGGUGUACACGAUAACCUUGAAGCCGGGGCACCUCUGGGUAGUGUUCGUCACCUCUGGAACAAUGGGGUUCUUUAUGACCGGCUAUCUCCCGCUGGGAUUUGAGUUUGCCGUGGAGCUGACAUACCCAGAAUCAGAAGGCAUGUCGUCUGGCCUCCUCAAUGUGUCUGCCCAGGUAUUUGGGAUCAUCUUCACCAUCUCCCAAGGCCAGAUUAUUGACCACUACGGAACCAUGCCUGGGAACAUCUUUCUGUGUGUGUUCCUCACCCUUGGAGCAGCCCUCACUGCACUCAUCAAGGCAGAUCUCCGGAGGCAAAAAGCAAACAAAGAAAAUCCUGAGAAUAAACUCCCGGAGGAGGAGGAGGAGGAAGAAAAGGUGGAGAAGGUUACCAGCAAGGCACCCACCACCACCUCUGUGUCUGAGGAGCAUCUCUGAGGAAAAAAGGUGGUUAUGACUCAGGGACCACGGAGAACCCCCCCACCUCUUCAGUCAGCACAGUUCUCUCUGGCAGUACAAAGGUCUUCGCAGGGGCAGCGUUGGGAGGGAACCGGCUGGAAUAUUUUUGGUUUGAACGGCAGUGCCUGUGCUUCUGGAACCCACUCAAGAGCCUGCAUGGUCUAGUUGGGGAAAAUCGCACCUUUCACCAAAUGCAGGUUCGAUUCCCACCCCACCCCUUUUAGUCUGGGAGCUGGUGUCGGGAGAGGCUGGUGAACAGCGGAGUCAGUUCUGGCUUUGCGCCUUGCCUUCCCGCCUCAGCUUCAUCCCUCUUGGAGACAGCCUGCAAAAUUAUCACGGGAAGAAAGCUUAUUCAGGAUAUUAACGUUUUCAAGUGUGUUAAGACCCUUAGAAGCCCAAGUCUAAGGAGCGGCAGCUGCGGCGGAUGAGGUCAUUCUCGGGUCAUCGGACUGACUGCCAACAUUCUGUGGGACAGAAAGCUCCAUCGGAACACACCAGUGGGUACUUCGGGCCUACGUUCUCCCGGCCUAAAGUUGGGGGCUGUCUCCAAACCCUCUCUCCUGAGAGCUGAUCAAACCAAACAUCAGUAAACUUGAGAAAGACUGCGUUGUAGCCAUGAAGGAGACACUGUUUUGGGAGUGGUGACCACCUGGGUGUGUGAGGGUGCUGGGGCUGCCUUCUGAGUGUGUGUGUGAUGGCCCAUGUUGGGGAACUUGGGGAGCUCGAUUUGGGAAUGGGUGGAUUCUUUCUACAAGGAAGUCCUUGCCCAGAGAUUCUGUGUGUCCCCACUGAUGCCUUCAUAUGUACACUGCCUUGAGGAACUCAGCGCUUGUCUUCUCUGGAGAGAGGGAAUACCAGCCACCUUCCCGUAACCGUUACUGAAAAUCCAAAGCCGCUUCUGAGAUGAGAAAUGGGAACUGAGUCUGCUUGAAUUAAGUGUACCCCAGCACUGGUGGGGACAGCAUUUGCACACAGCCCCCUUCUGGCAGUAACCUUUUAUCAGAUGUUCUGAAUUUGAAGGGAUUCACUUCAGCCAACCUAAGCUCACCUCCUCUCCUGCCAAACAUGC